UGUCCCCUGAGUGUCCCCAAUGUCCCCUGUGUCCCCAGACAUCAACGAGCUGAACCUGCCCAAGACGUGUGAGAUCGAUUUCUCGGACCAGGACGAUCUGCUGCACUUCCGCCUGCUCAUCUGCCCCGACGAGGGUUUCUACAAGGGCGGCAAAUUCGUCUUCAGCUUUAAGGUGGGCCAGGGCUACCCGCACGACCCGCCCAAGGUGAAGUGCGAGACCAUGGUGUACCACCCCAACAUCGACCUGGAGGGCAACGUCUGCCUCAACAUCCUCAGGGAGGACUGGAAGCCGGUGCUGACCAUCAACUCCAUCAUCUACGGCCUGCAGUACCUGUUCCUGGAGCCGAACCCCGAGGACCCCCUGAACAAGGAGGCGGCCGAGGUGCUGCAGAGCAACCGGCGCCUGUUCGAGCAGAACGUGCAGCGCUCGCUGCGGGGCGGCUACGUGGGAGCCACCUACUUCGAGCGCUGCCUCAAGUGACCCCGGAACCCCGAGAACCCCACAAAUCCUGCACAGAACCCCCAGGAACAGCCCCAGGAGAGCUGGGAAAGAUCCCGGGGAAACGAGCCCGGGGAUGGCCAGGAAAGCCAAUAAAAGAUGGGAGAAAAUCCCGUAAAAACAGCGCGAGAAAAGGUGGAAAAAUCCCGUAAAUGUCCCACGGAGAAGCCAAUAAAAGCUGGAAAAAUCCCGUAAAAA